AUGUAUCGAAAAGAAGCGUCUGCGCAGAAGCGGCUGCGCAGAAGCGGCUGCGCAGGAGCGGCUGCGCAGGAGCGGCUGCGCAGGAGCGGCUGCGCAGGAGCGGCUGCGCAGGAGCGGCUGCGCAGGAGCGGCUGCGCAGGAGCGUCUGCGCAGGAGCGGCUGCGCAGGAGCGGCUGCGCAGGAGCGGCUGCGCAGGAGCGGCUGCGCAGGAGCGGCUGCGCAGGAGCGGCUGCGCAGGAGCGGCUGCGCAGGAGCGGCUGCGCAGGAGCGGCUGCGCAGGAGCGGCUGCGCAGAAGCGGCUGCGCACAAACGGCUGCGCACAAACGGCUGCGCACAAACGGCUGCGCACAAACGGCUGCGCACAAACGGCUGCGCACAAACGGCUGCGCAGAAACGGCUGCGCAGGAACGGCUGCGCAGGAACGGCUGCGCAGGAACGGCUGCGCAGGAACGGCUGCGCAGGAACGGCUGCGCAGGAACGGCUGCGCAUGAACAGCUGCGCCGAAACGGCUGCGCCGAAACGGCUGCGCCGAAACGGCUGCGCCGAAACAGCUGCGCCGAAACGGCUGCGCCGAAACAGCUGCGCAGAAACAGCUGCGCCGAAACAGCUGCGCAGAAACAGCUGCGCCGAAACAGCUGCGCCGAAACAGCUGCGCAGAAACAAAGCGGCUGCGCAGCAGCGGCUGCGCAGAAGCGGCUGCGCAGAAACGUCUGCGCCGAAACGUCUGCGCCGAAACGGCUGCGCCGAAACGGCUGCGCCGAAACGGCUGCGCCGAAACGGCUGCGCCGAAACGGCUGCGCCGAAACGGCUGCGCAGGAACAGCUGCGCAGAAACAGCUGCGCAGAAACAGCUAGGCAGAAACAGCUGCGCAGAAACAGCUGCGCAGAAACAGCUGCGCAGAAGCAGCUUCGCAGAAGCAGCUUCGCAGAAGCAGCUGCGCAGAAGCAGCUGCGCAGAAGCAGCUGCGCAGAAGCAGCUGCGCAGGAACAGCUGCGCAGGAACAGCUGCGCAGAAGCGGCUGCGCAGGAACGGCUGCGCAGGAACGGCUGCGCAGGAACGGCUGCGCAGGAACGGCUGCGCAGGAACGGCUGCGCAGGAACGGCUGCGCAGGAACGGCUGCGCAGAAACGGCUGCGCAGAAACGGCUGCGCAGAAACGGCUGCGCAGAAACGGCUGCGCCGAAACGGCUGCGCAGAAACGGCUGCGCCGAAACGGCUGCGCCGAAACGGCUGCGCAGAAACGGCUGCGCCGAAACGGCUGCGCCGAAACGGCUGCGCAGAAACGGCUGCGCCGAAACGGCUGCGCCGAAACGGCUGCGCAGAAACGGCUGCGCCGAAACGGCUGCGCCGAAACGGCUGCGCCGAAACGGCUGCGCCGAAACGGCUGCGCCGAAACGGCUGCGCAGAAACGGCUGCGCCGAAACGGCUGCAAACGGCUGCGCAGAAACGGCUGCGCAGAAACAGCUGCGCAGAAGCAGCUGCGCAGAAACAGCUGCGCAGAAGCAGCUGCGCAGAAGCAGCUGCGCAGAAGCAGCUGCGCAGAAGCAGCUGCGCAGGAACUGCUGCGCAGGAACGGCUGCGCAGGAACGGCUGCGCAGGAACGGCUGCGCAGGAACGGCUGCGCAGGAACGGCUGCGCAGGAACGGCUGCGCAGGAACGGCUGCGCAGGAACGGCUGCGCAGGAACGGCUGCGCAGGAACGGCUGCGCAGCAACGGCUGCGCAGCAACGGCUGCGCAGCAACGGCUGCGCAGCAACGGCUGCGCAGCAACGGCUGCGCAGGAACGGCUGCGCAGGAACGGCUGCGCAGGAACGGCUGCGCAGGAACGGCUGCGCAGAAACGUCUGAGCAGAAACGGCUGCGCAGAAGCGGCUGCGCAGAAGCGGCUGCGCAGAAGCGUCUGCGCAGAAGCGUCUGCGCAGAAGCGGCUGCGCAGAAGCGGCUGCGCAGAAGCGGCUGCGCAGAAGCGGCUGCGCAGAAGCGGCUGCGCAGAAGCGGCUGCGCAGAAGCGGCUGCGCAGAUGCGGCUGCGCAGAAGCGGCUGCGCAGAAGCGGCUGCGCAGAAGCGGCUGCGCAGAAGCGGCUGCGCAGAAGCGGCUGCGCAGAAGCGGCUGCGCAGAAGCGGCUGCGCAGAAGCGGCUGCGCAGAAGCGGCUGCGCAGAAACGGCUGCGCAGAAACGGCUGCGCACAAACGGCUGCGCACAAACGGCUGCGCACAAACGGCUGCGCACAAACGGCUGCGCACAAACGGCUGCGCACAAACGGCGGCGCAGAAACGGCUGCGCAGGAACGGCUGCGCAGGAACGGCUGCGCAGGAACGGCUGCGCAGGAACGGCUGCGCAGGAACGGCUGCGCAGGAACGGCUGCGCAUGAACGGCUGCGCCGAAACGGCUGCGCCGAAACGGCUGCGCCGAAACGGCUGCGCCGAAACGGCUGCGCAGGAACAGCUGCGCAGAAACGGCUGCGCAGAAACAGCUAGGCAGAAACAGCUGCGCAGAAACAGCUGCGCAGAAACAGCUGCGCAGAAGCAGCUGCGCAGAAGCAGCUGCGCAGAAGCAGCUGCGCAGAAGCAGCUGCGCAGAAGCAGCUGCGCAGGAACAGCUGCGCAGGAACAGCUGCGCAGAAGCAGCUGCGCAGGAACAGCUGCGCAGAAGCGGCUGCGCAGGAACGGCUGCGCAGGAACGGCUGCGCAGGAACGGCUGCGCAGGAACGGCUGCGCAGGAACGGCUGCGCAGGAACGGCUGCGCAGGAACGGCUGCGCAGAAACGGCUGCGCAGAAACGGCUGCGCCGAAACGGCUGCGCAGAAACGGCUGCGCCGAAACGGCUGCGCCGAAACGGCUGCGCCGAAACGGCUGCGCCGAAACGGCUGCGCCGAAACGGCUGCGCAGAAACGGCUGCGCCGAAACGGCUGCGCCGAAACGGCUGCGCCGAAACGGCUGCGCAGAAACGGCUGCGCAGGAACGGCUGCGCAGGAACGGCUGCGCAGAAACAGCUAGGCAGAAACAGCUGCGCAGAAACAGCUGCGCAGAAGCAGCUGCGCAGAAGCAGCUGCGCAGAAACAGCUGCGCAGAAGCAGCUGCGCAGAAGCAGCUGCGCAGAAGCAGCUGCGCAGAAGCAGCUGCGCAGAAGCAGCUGCGCAGGAACUGCUGCGCAGGAACGGCUGCGCAGGAACGGCUGCGCAGGAACGGCUGCGCAGGAACGGCUGCGCAGGAACGGCUGCGCAGGAACGGCUGCGCAGGAACGGCUGCGCAGGAACGGCUGCGCAGCAACGGCUGCGCAGGAACGGCUGCGCAGGAACGGCUGCGCAGGAACGGCUGUGCAGAAACGUCUGAGCAGAAACGGCUGCGCAGAAGCGUCUGCGCAGAAGCGUCUGCGCAGAAGCGUCUGCGCAGAAGCGUCUGCGCAGAAGCGUCUGCGCAGAAGCGUCUGCGCAGAAGCGUCUGCGCAGAAGCGUCUGCGCAGAAGCGGCUGCGCAGAAGCGGCUGCGCAGAAGCGGCUGCGCACAAACGGCUGCGCACAAACGGCGGCGCACAAACGGCUGCGCAGGAACGGCUGCGCAGGAACGGCUGCGCAGGAACGGCUGCGCAGGAACGGCUGCAAGCGGCUGCGCAGAAGCGGCUGCGCAGAAGCGGCUGCGCAGAAGCGGCUGCGCAGGAACGGCUGCGCAGGAACGGCUGCGCAGGAACGGCUGCGCAGGAACGGCUGCGCAGGAACGGCUGCGCAGGAACGGCUGCGCAGGAACGGCUGCGCAGAAGCGGCUGCGCAGAAGCGGCUGCGCAGAAGCGGCUGCGCAGAAGCGGCUGCGCAGAAGCGGCUGCGCAGAAGCGGCUGCGCAGAAGCGGCUGCGCAGAAGCGGCUGCGCAGAAGCGGCUGCGCAGAAGCGGCUGCGCAGAAGCGGCUGCGCAGAAGCGGCUGCGCAGAAGCGGCUGCGCAGAAGCGGCUGCGCAGAAGCGGCUGCGCAGAAGCGGCUGCGCAGAAGCGGCUGCGCAGAAGCGGCUGCGCAGAAGCGGCUGCGCAGAAGCGGCUGCGCAGAAGCGGCUGCGCAGAAGCGGCUGCGCAGAAGCGGCUGCGCAGAAGCGGCUGCGCAGGAACGGCUGCGCAGGAACGGCUGCGCAGGAACGGCUGCGCAGGAACGGCUGCGCAGGAACGGCUGCGCAGGAACGGCUGCGCAGGAACGGCUGCGCAGGAACGGCUGCGCAGGAACGGCUGCGCAGGAACGGCUGCGCAGGAACGGCUGCGCAGGAACGGCUGCGCAGGAACGGCUGCGCAGGAACGGCUGCGCAGUAACGGCUGCGCAGGAACGGCUGCGCAGGAACGGCAGCGCAGGAACGGCUGCGCAGGAACGGCUGCGCAGGAACGGCUGCGCAGGAACGGCUGCGCAGGAACGGCUGCGCAGAAACGGCUGCGCAGAAACGGCUGCGCAGAAGCGGCUGCGCAGAAGCGGCUGCGCAGAAGCGGCUGCGCAGAAGCGGCUGCGCAGGAACAGCUGCGCAGGAACAGCUGCGAAGAAGCGGCUGCGCAGAAGCGGCUGCGCAGGAACGGCUGCGCAGGAACGGCUGCGCAGGAACGGCUGCGCAGGAACGGCUGCGCAGGAACGGCUGCGCAGAAACGGCUGCGCCGAAACGGCUGCGCAGAAACGGCUGCGCAGAAACGGCUGCGCCGAAACGGCUGCGCCGAAACGGCUGCGCCGAAACGGCUGCGCCGAAACGGCUGCGCAGAAACGGCUGCGCCGAAACGGCUGCGCCGAAACGGCUGCGCCGAAAAGGCUGCGCCGAAACGGCUGCGCAGAAACGGCUGCGCCGAAACGGCUGCGCCGAAACGGCUGCGCCGAAACGGCUGCGCCGAAACGGCUGCGCCGAAACGGCUGCGCAGGAACAGCUGCGCAGGAACAGCUGCGCAGAAACAGCUGCGCAGAAACAGCUGCGCAGAAGCAGCUGCGCAGAAGCAGCUGCGCAGAAACAGCUGCGCAGAAACAGCUGCGCAGAAGCAGCUGCGCAGAAGCAGCUGCGCAGAAGCAGCUGCGCAGAAGCAGCUGCGCAGGAACUGCUGCGCAGGAACGGCUGCGCAGGAACGGCUGCGCAGGAACGGCUGCGCAGGAACGGCUGCGCAGGAACGGCUGCGCAGGAACGGCUGCGGAGGAACGGCUGCGCAGCAACGGCUGCGCAGCAACGGCUGCGCAGGAACGGCUGCGCAGGAACGGCUGCGCAGGAACGGCUGCGCAGGAACGGCUGCGCAGAAACGUCUGAGCAGAAGCGGCUGCGCAGAAGCGGCUGCGCAGAAGCGUCUGCGCAGAAGCGUCUGCGCAGAAGCGUCUGCGCAGAAGCGUCUGCGCAGAAGCGGCUGCGCAGAAGCGGCUGCGCAGAUGCGGCUGCGCAGAAGCGGCUGCGCAGAAGCGGCUGCGCAGAAGCGGCUGCGCAGAAGCGGCUGCGCAGAAGCGGCUGCGCAGAAGCGGCUGCGCAGAAGCGGCUGCGCAGAAGCGGCUGCGCAGAAGCGGCUGCGCAGAAGCGGCUGCGCAGAAGCGGCUGCGCACAAACGGCUGCGCACAAACGGCUGCGCACAAACGGCUGCGCACAAACGGCUGCGCAGAAACGGCUGCGCACAAACGGCGGCGCAGGAACGGCGGCGCAGGAACGGCUGCGCAGGAACGGCUGCGCCGAAACGGCUGCGCCGAAACGGCUGCGCCGAAACGGCUGCGCCGAAACGGCUGCGCCGAAACGGCUGCGCCGAAACGGCUGCGCCGAAACGGCUGCGCAGAAACAAAGCGGCUGCGCAGAAGCGGCUGCGCAGGAACGGCUGCGCAGGAACGGCUGCGCAGGAACGGCUGCGCAGGAACGGCUGCGCAGAAGCGGCUGCGCAGAAGCGGCUGCGCAGAAGCGGCUGCGCAGAAACGGCUGCGCAGAAACGGCUGCGCAGAAACGGCUGCGCAGAAGCGGCUGCGCAGAAACGGCUGCGCAGAAGCGGCUGCGCAGAAUCGGCUGCGCAGAAUCGGCUGCGCAGAAUCGGCUGCGCAGAAGCGGCUGCGCAGAAGCGGCUGCGCAGAAGCGGCUGCGCAGAAGCGGCUGCGCAGAAGCGGCUGCGCAGUAGCGGCUGCGCAGAAGCGGCUGCGCAGGAACGGCUGCGCAGGAACGGCUGCGCAGAACGGCUGCGCAGGAGCGGCUGCGCAGGAGCGGCUGCGCAGGAGCGGCUGCGCAGGAGCGGCUGCGCAGGAGCGGCUGCGCAGGAGCGGCUGCGCAGGAACGGCUGCGCAGGAACGGCUGCGCAGGAACGGCUGCGCAGAAGCGGCUGCGCAGAAGCGGCUGCGCAGAAGCGGCUGCGCAGAAGCGGCUGCGCAGAAACGGCUGCGCAGAAACGGCUGCGCAGAAACGGCUGCGCAGGAGCGGCUGCGCAGGAGCGGCUGCGCAGGAGCGGCUGCGCAGGAGCGGCUGCGCAGGAACGGCUGCGCAGGAACGGCUGCGCAGGAACGGCUGCGCAGGAACGGCUGCGCAGGAACGGCUGCGCAGGAACGGCUGCGCAGGAACGGCUGCGCAGUAACGGCUGCGCAGGAACGGCUGCGCAGGAACGGCUGCGCAGGAACGGCUGCGCAGAAGCGGGUGCGCAGAAGCGGGUGCGCAGAAGCGGGUGCGCAGAAGCGGGUGCGCAGAAGCGGGUGCGCAGAAGCGGGUGCGCAGAAGCGGGUGCGCAGAAGCGGGUGCGCAGAAGCGGGUGCGCAGAAGCGGGUGCGCAGAAGCGGGUGCGCAGAAGCGGGUGCGCAGAAGCGGGUGCGCAGAAGCGGGUGCGCAGAAGCGGGUGCGCAGAAGCGGGUGCGCAGAAGCGGCUGCGCAGAAGCGGCUGCGCAGAAGCGGCUGCGCAGAAGCGGCUGCGCAGAAGCGGCUGCGCAGAAGCGGCUGCGCAGAAGCGGCUGCGCAGAAGCGGCUGCGCAGGAACGGCUGCGCAGGAACGGCUGCGCAGGAACGGCUGCGCAGGAACGGCUGCGCAGGAACGGCUGCGCAGGAACGGCUGCGCAGGAACGGCUGCGCAGGAACGGCUGCGCAGGAACGGCUGCGCAGGAACGGCUGCGCAGGAACGGCUGCGCAGGAACGGCUGCGCAGGAACGGCUGCGCAGGAACGGCUGCGCAGGAACGGCUGCGCAGGAACGGCUGCGCAGGAACGGCUGCGCAGGAACGGCAGCGCAGGAACGGCUGCGCAGGAACGGCUGCGCAGGAACGGCUGCGCAGAAACGGCUGCGCAGAAACGGCUGCGCAGAAACGGCUGCGCAGAAGCGGCUGCGCAGAAGCGGCUGCGCAGAAGCGGCUGCGCAGGAACAGCUGCGCAGGAACAGCUGCGCAGAAGCGGCUGCGCAGAAGCGGCUGCGCAGGAACGGCUGCGCAGGAACGGCUGCGCAGGAACGGCUGCGCAGGAACGGCUGCACAGGAACGGCUGCGCAGGAACGGCUGCGCAGGAACGGCUGCGCAGGAACGGCUGCGCAGGAACGGCUGCGCAGAAACGGCUGCGCAGAAACGGCUGCGCCGAAACGGCUGCGCAGAAACGGCUGCGCAGAAACGGCUGCGCCGAAACGGCUGCGCCGAAACGGCUGCGCCGAAACGGCUGCGCCGAAACGGCUGCGCCGAAACGGCUGCGCAGAAACGGCUGCGCCGAAACGGCUGCGCCGAAACGGCUGCGCCGAAACGGCUGCGCAGAAACGGCUGCGCCGAAACGGCUGCGCCGAAACGGCUGCGCAGAAACGGCUGCGCCGAAACGGCUGCGCCGAAACGGCUGCGCCGAAACGGCUGCGCCGAAACGGCUGCGCCGAAACGGCUGCGCAGAAACGGCUGCGCCGAAACGGCUGCGCAGGAACGGCUGCGCAGGAACGGCUGCGCAGAAACGGCUGCGCAGAAACAGCUGCGCAGAAGCAGCUGCGCAGAAGCAGCUGCGCAGAAACAGCUGCGCAGAAACAGCUGCGCAGAAGCAGCUGCGCAGAAGCAGCUGCGCAGAAGCAGCUGCGCAGGAACUGCUGCGCAGGAACGGCUGCGCAGGAACGGCUGCGCAGGAACGGCUGCGCAGGAACGGCUGCGCAGGACGGCUGCGCAGCAACGGCUGCGCAGCAACGGCUGCGCAGCAACGGCUGCGCAGGAACGGCUGCGCAGGAACGGCUGCGCAGGAACUGCUGCGCAGGAACGGCUGCGCGGAAACGUCUGAGCGGAAGCGGCUGCGCGGGAGCGGCUGCGCGGGAGCGGCUGCGCGGGAGCGGCUGCGCGGGAGCGGCUGCGCGGGAGCGGCUGCGCGGGAGCGGCUGCGCGGGAGCGGCUGCGCGGGAGCGGCUGCGCGGGAGCGGCUGCGCGGGAGCGGCUGCGCGGGAGCGGCUGCGCGGGAGCGGCUGCGCGGGAGCGGCUGCGCGGGAGCGGCUGCGCGGGAGCGGCUGCGCGGGAGCGGCUGCGCGGGAGCGGCUGCGCGGGAGCGGCUGCGCGGGAGCGGCUGCGCGGGAGCGGCUGCGCGGGAGCGGCUGCGCGGGAGCGGCUGCGCGGGAGCGGCUGCGCGGGAACGGCUGCGCGGGAACGGCUGCGCGGGAGCGGCUGCGCGGGAACGGCUGCGCGGGAACGGCUGCGCGGGAACGGCUGCGCGGGAACGGCUGCGCGGGAACGGCUGCGCGGAACGGCUGCGCAGGAACGGCUGCGCAGAAGCGGCUGCGCAGAAGCGGCUGCGCAGAAGCGUCUGCGCAGAAGCGGCUGCGCAGAAGCGGCUGCGCAGAAGCGGCUGCGCAGAAGCGGCUGCGCAGAAGCGGCUGCGCAGAAGCGGCUGCGCAGAAGCGGCUGCGCAGAAGCGGCUGCGCAGAAGCGGCUGCGCAGAAGCGGCUGCGCAGGAACGGCUGCGCAGGAACGGCUGCGCAGGAACGGCUGCGCAGGAACGGCUGCGCAGGAACGGCUGCGCAGGAACGGCUGCGCAGGAACGGCUGCGCAGGAACGGCUGCGCAGGAACGGCUGCGCAGGAACGGCUGCGCAGGAACGGCUGCGCAGGAACGGCUGCGCAGAAGCGGCUGCGCAGAAGCGGCUGCGCAGAAGCGGCUGCGCAGGAACGGCUGCGCAGGAACGGCUGCGCAGGAACGGCUGCGCAGGAACGGCUGCGCAGUAACGGCUGCGCAGGAACGGCUGCGCAGGAACGGCUGCGCAGGAACGGCUGCGCAGGAACGGCUGCGCAGGAACGGCUGCGCAGGAACGGCUGCGCAGGAACGGCUGCGCCGAAACGGCUGCGCCGAAACGGCUGCGCCGAAACGGCUGCGCCGAAACGGCUGCGCAGAAACGGCUGCGCCGAAACGGCUGCGCCGAAACGGCUGCGCCGAAACGGCUGCGCCGAAACGGCUGCGCAGAAACGGCUGCGCCGAAACGGCUGCGCCGAAACGGCUGCGCCGAAACGGCUGCGCCGAAACGGCUGCGCAGAAACGGCUGCGCAGGAACAGCUGCGCAGGAACAGCUGCGCAGGAACAGCUGCGCAGAAACAGCUGCGCAGAAGCAGCUGCGCAGAAGCAGCUGCGCAGAAACAGCUGCGCAGAAACAGCUGCGCAGAAGCAGCUGCGCAGAAGCAGCUGCGCAGAAGCAGCUGCGCAGGAACUGCUGCGCAGGAACGGCUGCGCAGGAACGGCUGCGCAGGAACGGCUGCGCAGGAACGGCUGCGCAGGAACGGCUGCGCGGAACGGCUGCGCAGGAACGGCUGCGCAGGAACGGCUGCGCAGGAACGGCUGCGCAGGAACGGCUGCGCAGGAACGGCUGCGCAGGAACGGCUGCGCAGGAACGGCUGCGCAGGAACGGCUGCGCAGGAGCGGCUGCGCAGGAGCGGCUGCGCAGGAGCGGCUGCGCAGGAACGGCUGCGCAGGAACGGCUGCGCAGGAACGGCUGCGCAGGAACGGCUGCGCAGGAACGGCUGCGCAGGAACGGCUGCGCAGGAACGGCUGCGCAGGAACGGCUGCGCAGGAACGGCUGCGCAGGAACGGCUGCGCAGGAACGGCUGCGCAGGAACGGCUGCGCAGGAACGGCUGCGCAGUAACGGCUGCGCAAAACGGCUGCGCAGAAACGGCUGCGCACAAACGGCUGCGCACAAACGGCUGCGCACAAACGGCGGCGCAGAAACGGCUGCGCAGGAACGGCUGCGCAGGAACGGCUGCGCAGGAACGGCUGCGCCGAAACGGCUGCGCCGAAACGGCUGCGCCGAAACGGCUGCGCCGAAACGGCUGCGCCGAAACGGCUGCGCCGAAACGGCUGCGCAGAAACGGCUGCGCCGAAACGGCUGCGCAGAAACAGCUAGGCAGAAACGGCUGCGCAGAAGCGGCUGCGCAGAAGCGGCUGCGCAGAAGCGGCUGCGCAGAAACGGCUGCGCAGAAGCGGCUGCGCAGAAGCGGCUGCGCAGAAGCGGCUGCGCAGGAACGGCUGCGCAGGAACGGCUGCGCAGGAACGGCUGCGCAGGAACGGCUGCGCAGGAACGGCUGCGCAGGAACGGCUGCGCAGGAACGGCUGCGCAGGAACGGCUGCGCAGGAACGGCUGCGCAGGAACGGCUGCGCAGGAACGGCUGCGCAGGAACGGCUGCGCAGGAACGGCUGCGCAGCAACGGCUGCGCAGUAACGGCUGCGCAGGAACGGCUGCGCAGGAACGGCUGCGCAGGAACGGCUGCGCAGGAACGGCUGCGCAGAAGCGGCUGCGCAGAAGCGGCUGCGCAGAAGCGGCUGCGCAGAAGCGGCUGCGCAGAAACGGCUGCGCAGAAGCGGCUGCGCAGAAGCGGCUGCGCAGAAGCGGCUGCGCAGAAGCGGCUGCGCAGAAGCUGCUGCGCAGAAGCGGCUGCGCAGAAGCGGCUGCGCAGAAGCGGCUGCGCAGAAGCGGCUGCGCAGAAGCGGCUGCGCAGAAGCGGCUGCGCAGAAGCGGCUGCGCAGAAGCGGCUGCGCAGAAGCGGCUGCGCAGAAGCGGCUGCGCAGAAGCGGCUGCGCAGAAGCGGCUGCGCAGAAGCGGCUGCGCAGAAGCGGCUGCGCAGAAGCGGCUGCGCCGAAACGGCUGCGCCGAAACGGCUGCGCCGAAACGGCUGCGCCGAAACGGCUGCGCAGAAACGGCUGCGCCGAAACGGCUGCGCCGAAACGGCUGCGCCGAAACGGCUGCGCAGGAACAGCUGCGCAGGAACAGCUGCGCAGAAACAGCUGCGCAGAAACAGCUAGGCAGAAACAGCUGCGCAGAAACAGCUGCGCAGAAACAGCUGCGCAGAAGCAGCUGCGCAGAAGCAGCUGCGCAGAAGCAGCUGCGCAGAAGCAGCUGCCCAGAAACAGCUAGGCAGAAACGGCUGCGCAGAAGCGGCUGUGCAGAAGCGGCUGCGCAGAAGCGGCUGCGCAGAAACGGCUGCGCAGAAGCGGCUGCGCAGAAGCGGCUGCGCAGAAGCGGCUGCGGAGAAGCGGCUGCGCAGAAGCGGCUGCGCAGGAACGGCUGCGCAGGAACGGCUGCGCAGGAACGGCUGCGCAGGAACGGCUGCGCAGGAACGGCUGCGCAGGAACGGCUGCGCAGCAACGGCUGCGCAGGAACGGCUGCGCAGGAACGGCUGCGCAGGAACGGCUGCGCAGGAACGGCUGCGCAGGAACGGCUGCGCAGGAACGGCUGCGCAGGAACGGCUGCGCAGGAACGGCUGCGCAGAAACGGCUGCGCAGAAACGGCUGCGCAGAAGCGGCUGCGCAGAAGCGGCUGCGCAGAAACGGCUGCGCAGAAGCGGCUGCGCAGAAGCGGCUGCGCAGAAGCGGCUGCGCAGAAGCGGCUGCGCAGAAGCGGCUGCGCAGAAGCGGCUGCGCAGAAGCGUCUGCGCAGAAGCGGCUGCGCAGAAGCGGCUGCGCAGAAGCGGCUGCGCAGAAGCGGCUGCGCAGAAGCGGCUGCGCAGAAGCGGCUGCGCAGAAGCGGCUGCGCAGAAGCGGCUGCGCAGAAGAGGCUGCGCAGAAGCGGCUGCGCAGAAGCGGCUGCGCAGAAGCGGCUGCGCAGAAGCGGCUGCGCAGAAGCGGCUGCGCAGAAGCGGCUGCGCAGAAGCGGCUGCGCAGAAGCGGCUGCGCAGAAGCGGCUGCGCAGAAGCGGCUGCGCAGAAGCGGCUGCGCAGAAGCGGCUGCGCAGAAGCGGCUGCGCAGAAGCGGCUGCGCAGAAGCGGCUGCGCAGAAGCGGCUGCGCAGAAGCGGCUGCGCAGAAGCGGCUGCUCAGAAACGGCUGCGCAGAAACGGCUGCGCAGAAACGGCUGCGCAUAAACGGCUGCGAACGGCUGCGCAGGAACGGCUGCGCAGGAACGGCUGCGCAGGAACGGCUGCGCAGGAACGGCUGCGCAGGAACGGCUGCGCAGGAACGGCUGCGCAGGAACGGCUGCGCAGGAACGGCUGCGCAGGAACGGCUGCGCAGUAACGGCUGCGCAGUAACGGCUGCGCAGGAACGGCUGCGCAGGAACGGCUGCGCAGGAACGGCUGCGCAGGAACGGCUGCGCAGGAACGGCUGCGCAGAAGCGGCUGCGCAGAAGCGGCUGCGCAGAAGCGGCUGCGCAGAAGCGGCUGCGCAGAAGCGGCUGCGCAGAAGCGGCUGCGCAGAAGCGGCUGCGCAGAAGCGGCUGCACAGAAGCGGCUGCGCAGAAGCGGCUGCGCAGAAGCGGCUGCGCAGAAGCGGCUGCGCAGAAGCGGCUGCGCAGAAACGGCUGCGCAGAAACGGCUGCGCAGAAACGGCUGCGCAGAAACGGCUGCGCAGAAACGGAACGGCUGCGCAGGAACGGCUGCGCAGGAACGGCUGCGCAGGAACGGCUGCGCAGAAACGGCUGCGCAGGAACGGCUGCGCAGUAACGGCUGCGCAGGAACGGCUGCGCAGGAACGGCUGCGCAGGAACAGCUGCGCAGAAACAGCUGCGCAGGAACAGCUGCGCAGGAACAGCUGCGCAGGAACAGCUGCGCAGGAACUGCUGCGCAGGAACUGCUGCGCAGGAACGGCUGCGCAGGAACGGCUGCGCAGGAACGGCUGCGCAGGAACGGCUGCGCAGGAACGGCUGCGCAGGAACGGCUGCGCAGGAACGGCUGCGCAGGAACGGCUGCGCAGGAACGGCUGCGCAGGAACGGCUGCGCAGGAACGGCUGCGCAGGAACGGCUGCGCAGGAACGGCUGCGCAGGAACGGCUGCGCAGAAACGGCUGCGCAGAAACGGCUGCGCAGUAACGGCUGCGCAGGAACGGCUGCGCAGGAACGGCUGCGCAGGAACGGCUGCGCAGGAACGGCUGCGCAGGAACGGCUGCGCAGGAACGGCUGCGCAGGAACGGCUGCGCAGGAACGGCUGCGCAGCAACGGCUGCGCAGCAACGGCUGCGCAGGAACGGCUGCGCAGGAACGGCUGCGCAGGAACGGCUGCGCAGGAACGGCUGCGCAGGAACGGCUGCGCAGGAACGGCUGCGCAGGAACGGCUGCGCAGGAACGGCUGCGCAGGAACGGCUGCGCAGGAACGGCUGCGCAGGAACGGCUGCGCAGAAACGGCUGCGCAGAAACGGCUGCGCAGAAACGGCUGCGCAGUAACGGCUGCGCAGGAACGGCUGCGCAGAAACGGCUGCGCAGGAACGGCUGCGCAGGAACGGCUGCGCAGGAACGGCUGCGCAGGAACGGCUGCGCAGGAACGGCUGCGCAGCAACGGCUGCGCAGGAACGGCUGCGCAGGAACGGCUGCGCAGAAACGGCUGCGCAGAAACGGCUGCGCAGAAACGUCUGCGCAGAAGCGUCUGCGCAGAAGCGUCUGCGCAGAAGCGUCUGCGCAGAAGCGUCUGCGCAGAAGCGUCUGCGCAGAAGCGUCUGCGCAGAAGCGUCUGCGCAGAAGCGGCUGCGCAGAAGCGGCUGCGCAGAAGCGGCUGCGCAGAAGCGGCUGCGCAGAAGCGGCUGCGCAGAAGCGGCUGCGCAGAAGCGGCUGCGCAGAAGCGGCUGCGCAGAAGCGGCUGCGCAGAAACGGCUGCGCACAAACGGCUGCGCACAAACGGCUGCGCACAAACGGCUGCGCACAAACGGCUGCGCACAAACGGCUGCGCACAAACGGCUGCGCACAAACGGCUGCGCACAAACGGCGGCGCAGAAACGGCUGCGCAGGAACGGCUGCGCAGGAACGGCUGCGCAGGAACGGCUGCGCAUGAACGGCUGCGCCGAAACGGCUGCGCCGAAACGGCUGCGCCGAAACAGCUUCGCCGAAACAGCUGCGCCGAAACAGCUGCGCCGAAACAGCUGCGCCGAAACAGCUGCGCAGAAACAGCUGCGCCGAAACAGCUGCGCCUAAACAGCUGCGCAGAAACAGCUAGGCAGAAACGGCUGCGCAGAAGCGGCUGCGCAGAAGCGGCUGCGCAGAAGCGGCUGCGCAGAAGCGGCUGCGCAGAAGCGGCUGCGCAGAAGCGGCUGCGCAGAAGCGGCUGCGCAGAAGCGGCUGCGCAGAAGCGGCUGCGCAGGAACGGCUGCGCAGGAACGGCUGCGCAGGAACGGCUGCGCAGGAACGGCUGCGCAGGAACGGCUGCGCAGGAACGGCUGCGCAGGAACGGCUGCGCAGGAACGGCUGCGCAGGAACGGCUGCGCAGCAACGGCUGCGCAGCAACGGCUGCGCAGCAACGGCUGCGCAGCAACGGCUGCGCAGCAACGGCUGCGCAGCAACGGCUGCGCAGCAACGGCUGCGCAGGAACGGCUGCGCAGGAACGGCUGCGCAGGAACGGCUGCGCAGGAACGGCUGCGCAGGAACGGCUGCGCAGAACGGCUGCGCAGGAACGGCUGCGCAGGAACGGCUGCGCAGGAACGGCUGCGCAGAAGCGGCUGCGCAGAAGCGGCUGCGCAGAAGCGGCUGCGCAGAAACGGCUGCGCAGAAGCGGCUGCGCAGAAGCGGCUGCGCAGAAGCGGCUGCGCAGAAGCGGCUGCGCAGCAGCGGCUGCGCAGCAGCGGCUGCGCAGAAGCGGCUGCGCAGAAGCGGCUGCGCAGAAGCUGCUGCGCAGAAGCUGCUGCGCAGAAGCGGCUGCGCAGAAGCGGCUGCGCAGAAGCGGCUGCGCAGAAGCGGCUGCGCAGAAGCGGCUGCGCAGAAGCGGCUGCGCAGAAGCGGCUGCGCAGAAGCGGCUGCGCAGAAGCGGCUGCGCAGAAGCGGCUGCGCAGAAGCGGCUGCGCAGAAGCGGCUGCGCAGAAGCGGCUGCGCAGAAGCGGCUGCGCAGAAGCGGCUGCGCAGAAGCGGCUGCGCAGAAGCGGCUGCGCAGAAGCGGCUGCGCAGAAGCGGCUGCGCCGAAACGGCUGCGCCGAAACGGCUGCGCCGAAACGGCUGCGCAGAAACGGCUGCGCCGAAACGGCUGCGCCGAAACGGCUGCGCAGAAACGGCUGCGCAGAAACGGCUGCGCAGAAACAGCUGCGCAGAAACAGCUGCGCAGAAACAGCUGCGCAGAAACAGCUGCGCAGAAACAGCUGCGCAGAAGCAGCUGCGCAGAAGCAGCUGCGCAGAAGCAGCUGCGCAGAAGCAGCUGCGCAGAAGCAGCUGCCCAGAAACAGCUAGGCAGAAACGGCUGCGCAGAAGCGGCUGCGCAGAAGCGGCUGCGCAGAAGCGGCUGCGCAGAAGCGGCUGCGCAGAAGCGGCUGCGCAGAAGCGGCUGCGCAGAAGCGGCUGCGCAGAAGCGGCUGCGCAGGAACGGCUGCGCAGGAACGGCUGCGCAGGAACGGCUGCGCAGGAACGGCUGCGCAGGAACGGCUGCGCAGGAACGGCUGCGCAGGAACGGCUGCGCAGAAACGGCUGCGCAGAAACGGCUGCGCAGAAGCGGCUGCGCAGAAACGGCUGCGCAGAAGCGGCUGCGCAGAAGCGGCUGCGCAGAAGCGGCUGCGCAGAAGCGGCUGCGCAGAAGCGGCUGCGCAGAAGCGGCUGCGCAGAAGCGGCUGCGCAGAAGCGGCUGCGCAGAAGCGGCUGCGCAGAAGCGGCUGCGCAGAAGCGGCUGCGCAGAAGCGGCUGCGCAGAAGCGGCUGCGCAGAAGCGGCUGCGCAGAAGCGGCUGCGCAGAAGCGGCUGCGCAGAAGCGGCUGCGCAGAAGCGGCUGCGCAGAAGCGGCUGCGCAGAAGCGGCUGCGCAGAAGCGGCUGCGCAGAAGCGGCUGCGCAGAAGCGGCUGCGCAGAAGCGGCUGCGCAGAAGCGGCUGCGCAGAAGCGGCUGCGCAGAAGCGGCUGCGCAGAAGCGGCUGCGCAGAAGCGGCUGCGCAGAAGCGGCUGCGCAGAAGCGGCUGCGCAGAAGCGGCUGCGCAGAAGCGGCUGCGCAGAAGCGGCUGCGCAGAAACGGCUGCGCAGAAACGGCUGCGCAGAAACGGCAGCGCCGAAACGGCUGCGACGAAACGGCUGCGCCGAAACGGCUGCGCCGAAACGGCUGCGCCGAAACGGCUGCGGCGAAACGGCUGCGCAGGAACGGCUGCGCAGAAACAGCUGCGCAGAAACAGCUAGGCAGAAACAGCUGCGCAGAAACAGCUGCGCAGAAACAGCUGCGCAGAAGCAGCUGCGCAGAAGCAGCUGCGCAGAAGCAGCUGCGCAGAAGCAGCUGCGCAGAAGCAGUUGCGCAGAAGCAGCUGCGCAGGAACAGCUGCGCAGAAGCAGCUGCGCAGAAGCAGCGCAGGAACAGCUGCGCAGGAACAGCUGCGCAGAAGCGGCUGCGCAGGAACGGCUGCGCAGGAACGGCUGCGCAGGAACGGCUGCGCAGGAACGGCUGCGCAGGAACGGCUGCGCAUGAACGGCUGCGCAGGAACGGCUGCCUGCGCAGAAACAGCUGCGCAGAAGCAGCUGCGCAGAAGCAGCUGCGCAGAAGCAGCUGCGCAGAAGCAGCUGCGCAGAAGCAGCUGCGCAGAAGCAGCUGCGCAGAAGCAGCUGCCCAGAAACAGCUAGGCAGAAACGGCUGCGCAGAAGCGGCUGCGCAGAAGCGGCUGCGCAGAAGCGGCUGCGCAGAAGCGGCUGCGCAGAAGCGGCUGCGCAGAAGCGGCUGCCCAGAAGCGGCUGCGCAGAAGCGGCUGCGCAGAAGCGGCUGCGCAGAAGCGGCUGCGCAGAAGCGGCUGCGCAGAAGCGGCUGCGCAGAAGCGGCUGCGCAGGAACGGCUGCGCAGGAACGGCUGCGCAGGAACGGCUGCGCAGGAACGGCUGCGCAGGAACGGCUGCGCAGGAGGAAACGGCUGCGCAGGAACGGCUGCGCAGGAAGCGGCUGCGCAGAAGCCGGCUGCGCAGAAGCGGCUGCGCAGAAGCGGCUGCGCAGAAGCGGCUGCGCAGAAGCGGCUGCGCAGAAGCGGCUGCGCAGAAGCGGCUGCGCAGAAGCGGCUGCGCAGAAGCGCUGCGCAGAAGCGGCUGCGCAGAAACGGCUGCGCCGAAACGGCUGCGCAGAAACGGCUGCGCCGAAACGGCUGCGCAGAAACGGCUGCGCCGAAAACGGCUGCGCCGAAACGGCUGCCGCCCGAAACGGCUGCGCAGGAACAGCUGCGCAAGAAACAGCUGCGCAGAAACAGCUGCGCAGAACAGCUAGGCAGAAACAGCUGCGCAGAAACAGCUGCGCAGAAACAGCUGCGCAGAAGCAGCUGCGCAGAAGCAGCUGCGCAGAAGCAGCUGCGCAGAAGCAGCUGCGCAGAAGCAGCUGCGCAGAAGCAGCUGCGCAGAAGCAGCUGCCCAGAAACAGCUAGGCAGAAACGGCUGCGCAGAAGCGGCUGCGCAGAAGCGGCUGCGCAGAAGCGGCUGCGCAGAAACGGCUGCGCAGAAGCGGCUGCGCAGAAGCGGCUGCGCAGAAACGGCUGCGCAGAAGCGGCUGCGCAGAAGCGGCUGCGCAGAAGCGGCUGCGCAGAAGCGGCCUGCGCAGGAACGGCUGCGCAGGAACGGCUGCGCAGGAACGGCUGCGCAGGAACGGCUGCGCAGGAACGGCUGCGCAGGAACGGCCUGCGCAGGAACGGCUGCGCAGGAACGGCUGCGCAGGAACGGCUGCGCAGGAACGGCUGCGCAGGAACGGCUGCGCAGCAACGGCUGCGCAGCAACGGCUGCGCAGGAACGGCUGCGCAGGAACGGCUGCGCAGGAACGGCUGCGCAGGGAACGGCUGCGCAGGAACGGCUGCGCAGAAACGGCUGCGCUGUAACGGCUGCGCAAAACGGCUGCGCAGAAACGGCUGCGCAGAAGCGGCUGCGCAGAACGGCUGCGCAGAAGCGGCUGCGCAGAAGCGGCUGCGCAGAAGCGGCUGCGCAGAAGCGGCUGCGCAGAAGCGGCUGCGCAGAAGCGGCUGCGCAGAAGCGGCUGCGCAGAAGCGGCUGCGCAGAAGCGGCUGCGCAGAAGCGGCUGCGCAGAAGCGGCUGCGCAGAAGCGGCUGCGCAGAAGCGGCCUGCGCAGAAGCGGCUGCGCAGAAGCGGCUGCGCAGAAGCGGCUGCGCAGAAGCGGCUGCGCAGAAGCGGCUGCGCAGAAGCGGCUGCGCAGAAGCGGGCUGCGCAGAAGAGGCUGCGCAGAAGCGGCUGCGCAGAAGCGGCUGCGCAGAAGCGGCUGCGCAGAAGCGGCUGCGCAGAAGCGGCUGCGCAGAAGCGGCUGCGCAGAAGCGGCUGCGCAGAAGCGGCUGCGCAGAAGCGGCUGCGCAGAAGCGGCUGCGCAGAAGCGGCUGCGCAGAAGCGGCUGCGCAGAAGCGGCCUGCGCAGAAGCGGCUGCGCAGAAGCGGCUGCCCAGAAACAGCUAGGCAGAAAAGGCUGCGCAGAAGCGGCUGCGCAGAAGCGGCUGCGCAGAAGCGGCUGCGGCAGAAACGGCUGCGCAGAAGCGGCUGCGCAGAAGCGGCUGCGCAGAAGCGGCUGCGCAGAAGCGGCUGCGCUGAAGCGGCUGCGCAGAAGCGGGCUGCGCAGAAGCGGCUGCGCAGAAACGGCUGCGCAGAAGCGGCUGCGCAGAAGCGGCUGCGCAGAAGCGGCUGGCUGCGCAGAAGCGGCUGCGCAGGAACGGCUGCGCAGGAACGGCUGCGCAGGAACGGCUGCGCAGGAACGGCUGCGCAGAAGCGGCCUGCGCAGAAGCGGCUGCGCAGAAGCGGCUGCUCAGAAACGGCUGCGCAGAAACGGCUGCGCAGAAACGGCUGCGCAUAA